AUGAGGCAGGAGAACUGCGUUCUGGAUUUUUAUGAUGCCCCCACCACUUACUGUUUUUUUUUUGAUGACAAGCUAAAAUUAUAUUUUAGUUACUUCGACAAAUGGAUUAAUGUGAAGAAGUCUUAUUGUGAACAUAGUGGAACGUUUGCCAAAGGUCUAAAAGACCUCCUGCGAAUAUACAAUUUGCAACACGCCGGGCGACUUCAUAGCGGUAUAGACGACGUGAAAACUAUAUGCUCUUUAACGUCAGCUAUUGCUCAGGAAGGAUAUGUUUUCAGGUUCGUUUCUAGAAGAUAU